GCCAUCUUUGUUGAUGUGUCAGCUCGCCGGGACGGCGGCGGCUGGCGGAGCGUCCCGCCGCCAUGGGGGAACUGCCGCCUUCCCUGCUGGCCUCGUAGCGAGCGGGUUGCUGGGUAGAGAUACAUUUGGCUGUAUGGGUGGUGAGUGAAGAUGAGACAGUAAGGAAGCUGAAUAUUCUGGCUGGAUGAGGGAGUCACCCUAUACUGUAAAAAUGAAUUUGCAAAGGAAAAUGAUGGAGGAGUAUUCACCAGAAAUGCAAAACACGGUGGAGCCAGUUAAUCUGUUAGGUGGUGCCUCAUUCAAGUCCCCAGGUAACGAGAAGUCUGAUAAAACAUCUGGAAUAAAGGACUGCUCAAGCAUUAGUGAUACUGGGGUCGAUGCUGACGUCUUGGAAAAGGAAUCGAGGUUGUUGCCCUCAGACCAGGAUUCAACAGUUAUUGGCAUAAGCAGCAAUGGGCCUUUGGCAGAAAGUCAGGAGCAGCAAUCUGUAGGGGCAGAUUGCUGUGCCAGUACCUGCUCUGAAAGAAAGACAGAAGGCUCCCCAAACCCAGACCAUUUAUCUAAUGAAGAAUUUGAAGGACAAGAUCCAAAAACUAAUCAGACAGAACAAUCACUAAUGGAGUUAUUACAGGAGCUAAGGGAGGAGCCUGGCUUUGUGAAAAAAUCGAGUGAUAAAAUCUAUUCGGAAAGCCCUUACGACACAGACUGCACAAAGAAGCUCAUUUCCACAAUACAUCAGACUUCCUCACAGGAGGAUUUGCUAAAGGAAAUAGAGUCUGAACUCUUAUCUACAGAUUUUUCAAAGGAACGAAAAUCCCCCAAUGGAAUGCGAAAGGGUGAACAUGCCUUGGCUGUGUUUGAAAAAUGUGUGCAAGAUAAAUACCUGGAGCAAGAACAAACUAUAAAAAAAUUGAUUAAAGAAAAUAAAAAACAUCAAGAACUGAUAUUGGAAAUUUGCUCAGAAAAGGACAACUUAAAAGAUGAAUUGAAAAAACGAACAGAAACAGAAAAGCAGCACCUCAACAUUAUUAAACAGCUGGAAGCAAGAAUGGAAGAGCUUAAUAAAGAAGUGAAGGCUAGUAAAGACAAACUUUUAACUCAGGAUGCAGCAGCCAAAAAUGCUAUUCAGCAGUUGCAUAAAGAGAUGGCCUUUCGAAUGGAACAGGCAAACAAGAAAUGUGAAGAAGCACGCCAUGAGAAGGAAACAAUGGUGAUGAAAUAUGUCCGAGGGGAGAAGGAGUCACUUGACCUCCGAAAGGAAAAGGAGAUACUUGAGAGACGAGUGAGAGAUGCAAACAAAGAAAUAGAAAAGCAUACUAAUAAAAUCAAACAACUUUCUCAGGAAAAAGGAAGAUUGCACCAGCUCUAUGAAACGAAGGAUGGUGAAGCCACUCGACUCAACAGAGAAAUAGAAAAACUGAAAGAAGAAAUUAAUUCUCAUGUUAUCAAAGUAAAAUGGGCUCAGAACAAAUUGAAAACAGAAAUGGAUUCACAUAAGGAUACCAAAGAGCGCCUCAAAGAUGCAACGACAAAAUUAACUGAAGCAAAGGAAGAAGCAGACCAGAUAAGGAAAAACUGUCAAGAAAUGAUAAAAACCUAUCAAGAGUCAGAAGAAAUUAAAUCAAAUGAAUUGGAUGCAAAACUCCGAGUAACUAAAGGGGAACUAGAGAAACAAAUUCAGGAGAAGUCUGAUCACUUGGAGGUGCAUCAUGCAAAAAUAAAAGAACUUGAAGACUUGAAGAGAACAUUUAAAGAAGGCAUGGAUGAACUUCGAACACUGAGAACAAAGGUAAAGUGUCUAGAGGAUGAACGUUUAAGAACAGAGGAUGAGUUAUCCAAAUAUAAAGAAAUCAUUAAUAGACAGAAAACUGAAAUUCAGAAUUUGCUGGACAGAGUCAAAACUGUAGAUCAUCUGCAGGAUCGACAUCAGAGAGAUGAACAAGAAAUCAGUACUUUAAAGGAAGAAGUAAAUGGUUUCAAUUCUCUGAUUGCGGAUCUCCAGAAGGACAUUGAAGGUAGUCGGAAAAGAGAAUCUGAGCUAUUGAUAUUCACUGAAAAAUUAACCAGUAAGAAUGCACAGCUUCAGUCUGAAAACAGUUCCUUACAGAGCCAGUUGGAUAAGCUUUCUUACAGUGAAAGAGAGCUGCGCAAUCAGCUGGAAUGUGUUCAACAGACUAAAGAUGAUCUGGCCACCAAGCUGCAGAAGGAGGAGGCUCAGUGGAAGCUGGAGGCUGAGACUCUCCAAGCUCAGCUAGCUUCAGAGCAGAAAGAACUAGCAGCGCUGAGGACCCACGUGGAUGAGCUGAAAGAUGAGCUGGCUACCCAGAAGCGCAAGCAUGCAGCAAACCUGAAAGAUCUCACAAAGCAACUUCAACUAGCACGAAGGAAAUUGGAUCAGAUGGAAAAUGGUAAUUGUGACAAAGAAGUCAGCAGCAUGGGGAGCCGUUCCAGUUCAUCAGGGUCACUUAACGCACGCAGCAGCAAUGAGGAUCGGUCACCUGAGAACACUGGAUCCUCAGCAGCAGUGGACAGCUUCCCAGAGGUGGACAAGGCUGUCUUGGUUGAAAGAAUACUGAGGCUACAGAAGGCACAUGCUCGAAAAAAUGAGAAGAUGGAGUUUAUGGAAGAUCACAUUAAACAACUGGUGGAGGAGAUCAGGAAAAAGACAAAAAUUAUUCAGAGCUACAUUUUGCGGGAAGAAGCUGGAACGCUGUCAUCAGAAGCCUCUGACUUCAACAAAGUACACUUGAGUAGACGGGGAGGGAUUAUGGCAUCUCUGUACACGUCCCAUCCCGCAGAUAGUGGUCUCACCUUGGAACUCUCCUUGGAGAUAAACAGGAAGCUGCAGGCUGUCUUAGAAGAUACAUUACUGAAAAAUAUUACACUGAAAGAAAACCUUCAAACUCUAGGAACAGAAAUAGAACGGCUUAUUAAACACAAGCAUGAACUGGAACAGCGAAUAAAGCAGACAUAACUAAAACUUUUUUGGAAUAACCAACGUGAAGAUGCAGAAAAGGCAGGUGCUGCAGGCCACUGGUUUUUACAUUUUUCCUGAAAUUUGAUUGCCUGCCAGUACAAGCAUCUGGUAUUUUGCAUAUACAGUCUUUAACCAUACAGGCUCACUCGUGUGAGUGAUCUCCAGGGUUUGGCAUCAGCGUGGUCCUGUCUACUCAAUACCAGCCUGAGGUAUUGCUGAGUUUUACUGCACACUACAUUUAUCUAAAACUUGUAUUUGAAAUGACAUGCAGAUGCUUUGCAGCACUCACUGUCUUUUUAAGUGAGCUGCAGUGAGGUUUUAAUUUUUGCACUGCACAAUUAGUGAUGGAGCUUGAAAAAAUAAAACCGAUUAUGUCUUAGUUGCUGUUGAACAUAUCCAGUGUUACUGAGCUUUAAGGGCUUUCAGACAUUGUUUCCUUUCUUGCAUAUUAUUUCUGAUAUUUAGAUUGGUUAAGCAUUUUUGACAUAAGCAUGGAAAAAUGCUUUGUCACAAGAUUUUUGUUUUAAAGCAGUAACCAUGAUAUUGUGUAUUUUCUGCUUUAGAUUAACACUCAACUGGUCCAGUUUCUUUAUUCAAAAGCGAAACAGCGGUAAAAGUAAGGAAUUAAGAAGCUCUCUGAUUAGGUUGUUGAGUAUGUGUAAUUGAAGCAAAUGUUAAUUCAGCAAUGCCUGUAAACCCUUGAUCUAUAUGGAUCUAAGAAGUCUGAUAGCAGUUAAUUGGCUAGUGAAGUUUUUUAGCCUUCUGCAUAACUAACAGCAUUUAAAGAGGAGUUUUCAUUGCCUAUUGUUAGGUAUACACAGGUAGUCAUCAUGAUUGCAUCUGUUUUCAAAGACAAAUGGAAGAUAAGUAAAUUUUCUCAUUAACUUUAGCUAGACCAGCUAAAGUAACUUUAGCUAGACCAGUGACAGUAAUGGUAAGAAAGGGCAAACAGAUCUAAAUGGGAUUUUAAUCUAUUGAUUGGACUGUGAAAGUGGCACAGAGAUAUCUAUCUCGCUAAUUUUACUGUAGUAAAGAAUUAGUUGGUCAAAACGGCACAAACUGAGAACUGUUACUUAGUACUUCAGAGGCUGAGAGAGUGAUGGAGAGGGAAUAUCAAGGGGACAAGAUUCUGGCUAGUCACAUCACCACAUUAUCAUUUUAAUUCCAGGACAAGUAAUUAACAGGAUGUGAAAUAGUUCUAUUCCAGCAGUAAAUGCAUAUAUUUCUGUAUUUAUUGCCUUUUGACCAAAAUUAAUUGACCAGAUGACAGUGUAAAUAUAUGCUUUGGGUUUUUAUUAAAUACUUGAACUUCUUAUGAUCAUGAAAAAAGACUUAAUGUCCUUUUACAAUAGCACUGCUUUAGCUAUUUUAAUUAGAAAGGAUACGUGAGGGUGAGGGAAAUCUGUCUUACUGCAGGCAACGUUGGCAUCAUACACAAACCAAGGGGCCUGAAUCAGGCAGGAGGUUAAAUUAACAGGAGGUUAAUUUAUCAAAAAAUCCCGGUGACUUAGGGGUGUAUACUUCAUUUUCAGGUGCCACAGAGUCACCCGAGCUUUGCAGUGAACUGAAUUGAGGAGAAGGGCCUCAUUUGAGUCAAGUAGUUUGAUUCAAGACAGUGAGACUCCUUUUGUACUUUAAAGAUGGGCAUCUCUGAAAGUCCCGUGGGAUCAAGACCUGGUUUGUGGUCCAGAGGGCUCUGAGAGUCUUGGAUGGCAGGUGCCUUGGGUGUCAAAGGAUUGAGUAUUUCUUUAGAAAGGAGGGGUAGAAACAAUUUAAAACCUGACCAAGCAUUGUAGAAACUGUGAGCCUUUAAUCUGGGUGGGUGGGUUUUAUACAUAUAUUUUUCUAAAUCCUGAGAGCAAUGGUUAUCUGAAGUAUUAGGUAAUUUGGACCAGUCAUGGAACUACCUCUGCUUCACUGUUGUUGAUGUGAAGAGGAAAAUACCUGGCUCUGCUGAAACAGGCUUGUUUCCAGCUUCCAGGAAUUGACAGGCACUUGUUCCUGACUGAAAGAAAGCAUUUAGAACAAUUUGCAUGUCAAAACAUAGCUUAGCUCUUGUGUGUUUGUGUUCUCAUGUUUUAAUGUACCAGAUCUCUGGAUAUUUUCAAGCCUUCAGCUGAAUGACUCCAGUAUUUUAGAUCCCAUGUUAAUACUGUAAUCAUUUAAUGUAUGUUCUCCAGGUGUACAAUGUGAAUGAAGGAGAGGCAUGGUGCAGAUGGAAUAAGUGCAAUGACAUUGUGGAAAUUAUUGUUUCUUUUUGGCAUGGUUAUUUCUCCUUUUAAGUUAUUUGAGAAACCUAGUUAGCUGUCUGUCCUCCUGCCCUGCUGGAAAUGCUGCUUCCUCUCUGUAGCACGAGUAACUUCUCAGGCUUUUGGCUUGUUUUUUCUUGGUUAUGGAGACACAUAAAGCAGCCAAAACACGGCAUCGUUCAUUGUGCACAGUAUCUUCAUGGCCCAAAGUCUAUUUUAAACACACCUGUUAGAGAUGGAAAUUUCUUUCCAGCUCACACAUUGGCAAAUGAUUCUCAGUCCAUAAGGCUGGAAUGUGAUGAACACGUGACGGGGUCAGCCAGCAACUGUGCUUAGCAAGUGUUGCUCGUUUCUGAGCCUCCUGCCCGCUGCUUCCCUGGGGAAGCAGUGGGACAGUGGGUGCCGGUAGCAGGAACACUUGGUGUGAGAGGUGUGUGGCUCCAUGGGGAGCGCACCACUGGGGGCAGGGGGUUUGCAAGCCUCCUGUUGUAAUCACAUUUCACUGACUCUGGGUUUGGAAACUUUGUAUUACAAACCUGAGAUUGAAAACUGUCCACAAAUAAGCUCAGUUUUGGAGAGAAACUAAUUUUGAAGGCAGCUUGGAGCAGUUAGUGACAGAUGUCAUUGAAAUUCAGUGUCCAUUAGACAUGUAAUUGCCAUGGGCUGCUUUGGAAAAUUUCAAGCUUGUAGUUAGCUGUGUCCUACAGGCUUAAACAUCUGUUUCUUAAAUACCCAGGGUGCUCUUAAUUCAAACAUUGCACAUCCAGAUGUUGUUCGAGGCCCUACAGGAAAGCUGCCUAGGCUUUGCCACCCUCUGUAAAUCCAGCACUGUCACUGUGUAAGCCAGACCCUGUGGAGUGAAGAAUACCAUGUUAUGCUGUAGAAACCACUGGCUUUCUGGCAGAUAGGCGUGUGCAAUAUUUUUAAUUUUAGUCUUCAGAAGACAGUGGAGGUUGAUUUGUUCCUCAGAUACAUUCUCACCGUCUUCACUUGCUGCUGGCAAUACCUGUGGUAUCUCCAGCUCAUAAAACUGAAAGUUACUCCCUCACAAUAUUUUUCAUACAACACUCUUGUUCAUAACUCAAAAAGAAAUCAAGGUCUCUGGCUUCCACUGACCCCAGUGUCCAGCCGAGUGCCCGCAUGCUGCAGAGAGCCGAAUCUGGGAAGGGGUUCAGAGGAGAAGGCCCUGAGGGCCAGGCGCUCGGCCUCCCCGCUGGCAGAGCUGGUGUGCGGUGGGCCCUGGGCUGUCCCUGCGGCGGCUGCGUGUCACAGGGAGCAGGGUGGUACGCGGAGCUUUUCCAAGGUGCAUGGCGGCUUCCUUCCCAUUUUCGUGUUCUAGCUGAGGUUAUGUUGACUCUUCCGAUACGUGUACGUGUGUCCUCUGAGUAUACACAGAAUGUCUGUUGAUUUAAUUUUGUAGAUACCUGUUUCUGUAUAAAGUUUUUUGAAGAUCUCGCUCUUACCCUUCUGUAUAUAUUGUACUUUGAAAUAAUAAACACACAGAUGUAUGAA